AUGUCUGCACAGAGCAGCGUAAUGACCGAUCGUCGCAGUGGCAUGAUCUCGUCACUUGGAUAUCCACAAGGCAGCACGAUCGUUAGCAGGGCUGUAGCUGCUGCUGCUGCUAAUAGCCAUCAUUCGACGCGACGAGGAGGACGAGGUUCUAAACGAUACUCUGUAUCCGCCUUUUAUUCCAUGGCUGCUGAACAGGAUGUUGAAGUCGAGGACGAAUUAGCUCAAGUACAACGCACGCUACGUGAGCUCAAAACCAAGAUAUCGGCACAAUCCAAAAAGAACUUUAUGCUCGAACGAGACGUACGAUUCCUGGAUUCUCGCAUCGCUUUAUUGAUUCAGAACAGGAUGGCAUUGAAUGAGCAAAAUGAAAUGGCAUCUCAUUUGGAGGAACAUGAUGAUAGCACAGACGACCAUUAUCCAGAUGAUCGAAGGAUGCAGCAAUAUGGCAACUUGUUCUUUCUUUUGCAAAGCGAACCACGGCAUAUUGCAACACUUUGUCGACUUGUCAACUUAGCAGAGAUCGACACCUUGCUUCAAACCGUCAUGUUUACACUAUACGGCAACCAAUAUGAGAGUCGAGAAGAGCAUUUACUAUUGACUAUGUUUCAGAAUGUCUUGGCAGCACAAUUCGAGACGACAGCCGAGUUUACAUCAUUGCUACGUGCCAACACACCUGUUUCGCGUAUGAUGACAACCUAUACUCGACGUGGACCAGGUCAAUCCUAUCUCAAAUCAGUAUUGUCGGAUAAGAUCAAUGAUUUGAUUGAACACAAGGACAUGAACUUGCAAAUCAAUCCACUCAAGGUACAAGAGGAGAUAUUGGAGCGAAUGACAAUUGAAAACGAUGGCGUACUACCUCCCAACUUUCGAAAAGCUUCAUCAGCAGAAGAAGCUGCUCAAGAUCCCCAAGUCAAAGCGUUGAUUGAGCCGCGUUUGAAGCGUUUGAUGGAUAUCGCCAAUUCUUUUCUACAAACAAUCAUCAACUCGCUCGAUCAGGUGCCCUAUGGUAUUCGUUGGAUAUGCAAGCAGAUUCGUUCCUUGACGAAGCGAAAGUAUCCCGACGCAAGCGAGUAUGCCAUUUGCUCUCUUAUUGGUGGCUUCUUCUUUUUGCGAUUCAUCAACCCUGCUAUUGUGACGCCACAAGCAUAUAUGCUGGUGGAUGGUAUCCCAAGUAACCAUCCUCGAACGACACUCACUAUGAUUGCCAAAAUGCUGCAAAACUUGGCCAACAAGCCGACAUAUGCAAAAGAGGCGUACAUGAUCCCAACCAAUCCGUUUGUCGACCGAAACAAGCAACGUAUCAACAGGUUCUUAAAUGACCUAUGUGAAGUGGGAGAUUUCUAUGAGUCUUUGGAGAUGGAUCAGUACAUGGCUCUAUCCAAGAAGGACAUUGUUAUCAGCAUUACUCCGAAUGAGAUCUACAACACCCAGUCAUUAUUACAUCAGCACAUUGACAUCCUCGCACCCAAGGAGACUGAUCAUCUUCGAGUUUUGGUGACUGAAGUGGGCAUUGCACCUCCCCAAGUGCCUAGAAAGGAUAACAAGCCAAUUGAAUUACCAUUAUUCAGUCGAUGGGAAAUCCCAAUACAAGAUUUGACAACAACGUUGAUGUCAGAGAACAAUAUUACACAAAACGACAUUUUGUACAUGGAAGCAAAAGCGAUUUUCGUGCAAUUGAUUCGAUCACUUCCAUACCUUGGACGACCACCACUGGAUUUGGUGAGAAUUGCAGAGACGGCUGGUACCGCCAAUGACGCACAACUUGUCCGUAAAGGUAUCAAGGUCAAGGAAAUGCUUGUGGAUCUGGAAGAUGCGGGGAUCACCGAUGCACGUGAUGGAUAUCGAUUGCUGGUGGAGGAAAUCACGCAAGAGUUGGCACAUUUGGGCGACUUGAAACACAAAGUGAUGGAGGAGAUGCGAUCUUUGGAAAGCGUAUACAAGACGAUCCAGGACCACAACAACUAUCUCAAGAGUCAGCUGGAAAGUUACAAGGCGUAUCUGCAAAAUGUUCGUAUCCAGAGUGGAGGUGGUGAUAAAUCCAACAAGAAGCAAGUUGGGAUUGGUGUUCAGGUCACGGAUGGCAAGGUCAAGCAAAAAUCGGGCAAACAGCAUUUCCAAGGCCCUGCCAAAUUCACGCACCAGCAAUUGGAACGCGAAGGCAUCAUUGCCGAGACUGAAGUACCCGAAUACAGGCGAAGCAAUAUCUAUUUGACCAUCAUUUCCCCGAUCCCUGGUACAUUUAUCAUUUCACUCCAUUACAAAGGGCGUGAUAAACCUAUUCUGGAGAUCGAUCUGAAGCUGGAUGAUCUAUUGGAGAAACAACAAGACAAUGUACAGUUACUGGAUCUCGAGUAUAUCAAACUUCACGUCUCCAAAACCUUACAGCUCCUUACGAAAACCUUCAUGUCGAAAAACAAAAUCGGCUUCUUCUCUUAG